AUGGCGGCGGUGGCUUCAGCCGCUUUGCCGCAGCUGCUCGGGCCGGGCCGGGGCCCGGGCGGGCGCUGCCUGCCCGUACCCGCCAUGGCGGCCAAGGGGGCCCGGCAGCGGCCGCGGGCGGGCGGCGGGGACGCGGCGGGACGGAGAGCCGAGCCCACGGGCAGCGAGGAGCCGAGGAACGAAUCAUCCGGGAGCAAAGCAGGGCACGUCUGGGCUCCUGAAGGAUCAACAGCUUUCAAGUGUCUCAUCUCGGCCAGGUUCUGUGCAGCUCUGCUCAGCAACAUCUCGGAUUGUGAUGAGACCUUCAACUACUGGGAACCCACACACUACCUCAUUUAUGGGAAGGGGUUUCAGACAUGGGAGUACUCUCCAGCCUACGCCAUCCGCUCCUAUGCUUACCUGUGGCUCCAUGCCUUGCCAGCCUGGUUCCAUGCCAGGGUUCUGCAAACCAACAAGGUUCUCAUCUUCUAUUUCCUGCGAUGCUUCCUGGCCUUCCUGAGCUGCAUUUGUGAACUCUACUUCUACAAGGCUGUGUGCAAGAAGUUUGGGCUGCACGUGAGCAGGCUGAUGUUGGCCUUCCUAGUGCUCAGCACGGGGAUGUUCUGUGCUUCUGCAGCUUUCCUCCCCAGCAGUUUCUGCAUGUACACCACGGUGGUGGCCAUGACAGGCUGGUACAUGGACAAGACCUCGGUGGCAGUGCUGGGGGUGGCUGCUGGAGCCCUGCUGGGCUGGCCCUUCAGUGCAGCUCUGGGGCUUCCAAUUGCCUUUGACCUGUUGAUCCUGAAGAAGAGGUGGAAAAGUUUCCUGAACUGGUGCGUGGUGUCCUUGAUCCUGUUUUUGGUGCCCUUGGUGGUGGUGGACAGCUAUUACUACGGGAAGCUGGUGGUGGCACCUCUCAACAUCGUUUUGUACAAUGUCUUCACCCCCCACGGCCCUGAUCUCUACGGUACAGAACCCUGGUACUUCUAUUUCAUCAAUGGCUUUCUGAAUUUCAAUGUGGUUUUUGUGCUGGCCCUGCUCGUGCUGCCCCUGACCUGUCUGAUGGAAUGCCUGCUGCAGAAAUUCCGUGUUCAGAAUCUGGGCCGUCCCUACUGGCUGACCCUGGCUCCCAUGUACAUCUGGAUCCUUAUUUUCUUCAGCCAGCCCCACAAAGAAGAGAGAUUUCUCUUCCCCAUCUAUCCUCUUAUCUGUCUCUCUGGUGCUGUGGCUCUCUCUGCCCUUCAGAAAUGUUACCACUUCAUCUUCCAGCGCUACCGCCUGGAGCACUACACAGUGUCCUCCAACUGGCUGGCCCUGGGGACUGUCCUCCUCUUUGGCCUUUUGUCCCUGUCACGUUCUGUUGCCUUAUUCAAAGGCUACCACGGGCCCCUGGACCUGUACCCGGAAUUCCACAGGAUUGCCACAGACCCCAGCAUCCACACGGUGCCAGAGGGGAGGCCAGUCAAUGUCUGUGUGGGAAAGGAGUGGCACAGGUUCCCCAGCAGCUUCCUCCUGCCAGACAGCUGGCAGCUGCAGUUCAUCCUGUCGGAAUUCCGGGGCCAGCUGCCCAAACCCUUUGGCAAGGGGCCCAUGGCCACCAGGAUCGUUCCCACGGACAUGAACGACCAGAACAAGGAGGAGCCAUCUCGAUAUGUUGACAUCUCCAAAUGCCACUACCUGGUGGAUUUGGACACAGCAGCAGAGACCCCGAGGGAGCCAAGGUACUCCUCCAGCAAAGAAGAGUGGGUGACCAUUGCCUACAAACCAUUCCUUGAUGCUUCCAGGUCCUCGAGGCUGCUGCGGGCGUUCUACAUCCCCCUGCUAUCGGAGCAGCACACUCACUACACCAACUACACCAUCCUGAAAUCCCGCAGGAAGCAAGCCAGGAAAAAAAUGGGAGGCUAGAAACACACCUCGGCCAUCCAAAAAUAAAAAAAAAUAAAAAAUAAAAAAUAAAAACCCCACUCAAAGCAUGUUGGCACUCCUGGACAGCUGCACGUUCAGCUCCCUGUGUGAAGGAUGGUGCUGGGAGGAUUCCCUGAGCAGUUCUGGCAGCCUCUGCUCUGCCUCAAGCCGUUGGAAAAUCCAGCAGCUACCUCUGGAUGUGUUAUCCCUGCUGCUCCCUGUGUUGUUCUCUUACGUGAGAGAAAAGAAAAAUGGAAAAUGAAACGGGGGUGGCACCGUGAGGUUCUGCAAAUCUGGGAAAAUCCAGCUCAAAUUCUCUCUCCUGCACCCACCCCUCCACUGUCCUCUCCUGCUCAACCAGUGCUCUUUCACCCAGGGAAUUUUUUUCAGGUGACAAAGCUUAGGAAUUUUCCUUUAAGGGGAGAAGGAGGAAAACCACCUGACUGACAAUGAACUGGAAUGCACUGAAUCUCAAGGAAUGAAACAUUGUGCACCACAGAGGAACAGCCAAAGCUGCUCUGUCCAGGAGACAUUUCCAGGGAUAAACCUGUGCUUUUGGGAAGAAAAAACCAAACUGAGACAAUUAUGUGUUCAAUGGGAUCAGAGUGUUUGUGUUCUCUGUGAAGCCAAGUGUUUGUUUGCUAUUUAUAAUGAUUUUUUCAAAAUCCUUUGAAUUCUAGACUUCAGCAUCUCAAAAAUUCUGGAAUCAUCCAGAGAGGAGAAGGAUGAAUCAAUUUUUUUUUUUUUUUUUUGCAGUUCUGUUUCCUAGAAUAGCCAGGAUGUGUUACGUGGGUCCAACAUGCCUCAGAGCAGUGCUGUGUUUGUUCAAUCUCCAUUUUUAAAUGUGCAACAUCACCAGCUGGAUGGAGGGAGCUGUUUUCACUGCCAU